AUGUCAGAAACGACGGUGAAGCGGAUCCAUAUAUCUGGAAUAACACCAAACAUCAGCCAUGACGACCUCAAGCAGCGAUUGUCGACUUUCGCGAAGGUCAACGCAUUGGACGGCUUGGGCGCAACAGACAGCCUCGGCGCGCCACGACGAUUCGCAUACGCGACUCUUGAGGGCCCACCGGCGCAGAUAACUCGUUGUGUGGCAGCCCUGAGCGGUGCUACAUGGAAGGGGGCCCGCCUACGUGUCGGCGAUGCGAAGCCUGAUUUUCGUGAACGAAUCAAGCGAGAAAACGAAGCCGCUGAAGCUGAGGGGGAACGUCCCAAAAAGCGGAGGAGACGCACGGCAGCGACUCAUGCUCCAGACAUGGACCCCGUCACCCCCGAUCGUGCAGAGGGGAAGGCUGGCUGGACGGUGACACCGCUCGGGCGGACGUACUUCUCCGCUCGCAUGCGGCCGGAGCGACCGCUGCCACCGCCUCCUGGGGAGGCUCAGCAGGAGGGGAAGAAGAAGAAGCGGGCGCGCGCACCGCCGGUACGUGCGCGCCGGCGGAGGAUCGACAUGGGGAAGUGGGGGAGCGCGCAGUUGAAGGGCGUGUUUGUGGACACGAGUGCGCUGCCUAGCCCGGAUGUGAUCCUAGGGAGGGGGAAGGCUGCGACGCGGGCAUCGCCGGAUAUGCAUUCCGACGCUACUGGCACGGAAAGCGACGAGGAGGAGGAGGAGGAGGAGGAGGAGGAGGAAGAACACUUAGACGAUCAGGAUGCGCCAGGCGACAAGGACAACGAACAUGAAGGUGCUGCCGAUCGCAUGUCGGUCGAUCCAGUCCCCUCAAACCCACCACUACCACUGCCCACUCCCGCUGAGAGUAUUUCACCACCCUCCGACAUUGCGCGUGAGCAGGCCAAGAACGUCGACUUCUUGCGCUCCCUGUUCGGCGACACCGACGAAUGGGGCGGCCGGGAGGAAGUCGACGACGUUGCGCUGCGCGAAGCAGAGGCUCGCGAGCGCCUUCGCCCCGCAAAGGCGGCUGCUGAAGAUAACGAGUUCGAAAUCGCGCCCGUCUCCUCAGCGACAAAAUCACAAAAUACCCCUGCAGUCGAGGAGACCGUCGCACAAACGCGCUCCAGCUCGCCCACGAUCUCCGAGGCGGAGUCCGCCUCUUCCGCGGCGUCCUCGGAGGAGUUUUCGUCCUCUGCCCCGGAGACUGUCGCCGCGCCGCAGGCAGCUGGACCGGCCAGGCUCAAGGACCUUUUUGCGCCUCGCGACGAGGAGCCUGGCUUCUCCCUCCUUAGCGCGCUCGACAUCGACCUCGAGCUGGACGAGGAUGCACCGUUCCCCAUAGAACCGACCGAGCCUUCACCAAGCCACGCAUCCGGCAUCCCCUUCCAUCAGACGUAUACCGCGCCAGCGGCUACGACCACUGCCACUGCAGCAGGUCCUCUCGUUUUGGACACCUCGAAGCCGUUCUUCUUCCCUCGAUCUGGGAGAGGACAAGACGUGCGCGAUGUGGCCCGGGCGAACAAGUGGGACUGGAAGGGCGCAGCGUUCCAUCAACCGAUCGAGGGGAAUGUGGAGGAGAUCGCGAGGGCUAGGUGGGAGGCCAGCAAGCUCGAGCUGACCCGCGAUUGGAAGCGGAGAUGGAGGGAGGCGGCGAGGCUGAGAAGGCGAAGGGGUGGUGGGGCGGAGGAGUGA